AUGGAAUCCCAACAGCGUAUUGAAGCAGUUUCCAGAUUCCUCCUGCAGUCACCACCGGGAGAAAUUAACGAUGUACUCAACGAUGUGCGCAACAUCAUCUCCGACGACGAUUCAUUGCAAGAAGGCGUUCUUCCAGCUUUGCGCGAGUAUAACUUAGCGCAGUUUAUCACUGCGGACGUUCCAGGGCAUAAUCACCAGUCCAUCAUUAGCGACUCAGCGAAAGUCACGAACUUGAGUGGUGCAGGAGACACAGACGAGGUGUUGGACAGGUUCUGGGACCCGCGAUCGAGAACAAGUUUUCGCUUUGACCACAUCAGUCUUGAAGCGUCCGAGCCUGAACCUAUCGAGCCCGAUGCUGCAUCAGAGCCAUUCCGCGCGGCAUUGGAAGCAUCCUCGCUAUCUUACCUUACUGCCCACUUCCACGACGGUGUUGCCUCGGUAUUUCCCGCUCAAGGCUUUGCGUCUCGCUUCUAUAUUCAGAUUGUAGCGAAUAAGUAUAACCCAUCUAACUUCUGGUCAGGCAGGUGGCGGUCGGAGUACAUAAUUGAUCUGGAAGAGAAGCAGCUCAAGGGCAAAAUUCUUGUUAACGUACACUACUACGAGCAAGGCAACGUACAACUCUCUACCACGCACACCGUUGAACUUCCGCUUCCCCCGACGAUCGUGCCUUCGUCUGCUGCUUCCUCUGCUUCGAAGGUUCUUGCCGUGAUCGAAGUGGAGGAGGAAAUGGGCGAGAAAACAUUCAAAGGGCUACGGCGAGCCCUGCCCAUGACGCGCUCGAAGCUAGAUUGGGAUAAGGUGCUGGGUUACAAGCUGGGAGCAGAGCUAACAUCAAGCAGAGGCGUGAUGAGCGCGUCGUAG